CAAAAAGGGCUGCAGAGGAGGAAAGCCAUGCUCCCGGACUGCUGACAGUCGUGUGCUGUGCGGGGAAGGCAUGCAUCGUCCAUCAUGGAGAUAAAAGAUUCCGGCAGCGUAGUCCUGACAGGAUACCAUUCUUACACCCCAUCCCGGACAAUAGCGGAGGAGAGCCUCGUCACCGCCAGCCAGGCUGCGAUAGUCAGAAAAAGUCACUCUAAGAGAAUCAACAGGAUGCUUUCGAAUGAAUCUUUGCACAGUCCAGUGUUCAACCGUUCCAUCUCUGAGACAUCCAUGGACAACUCAUCAAUGGAGGAUUUCUGGUGUGAACUUGAAAAUAUUAAAGAGAACAGUGAAGACGUGCUUGAUGACAGCCUGGCAAUGGAUGUGAAGCCUGUGGAUGAUGGAGAGCUGGAAGCAGAAUGGUUACAAGAAGUGGGUCUUUCUACUCUUAUCUCUGGCACUCAGGAACAUGAUGGCCAGGCUUUGUUGUCUACGCUGACCCGGGCACAAUCAGCUGCUGUACAAAAAAGAUACAACACUUAUACUCAGACUAUGAGAAUAAAGAACAAGCAUUCAGUGAGGGAUGUGAGGGAUAUCUUUGGAAUUAAUGAAUCAACACCAACAUUUGAACCUUUACCAGUAUCUCCUCUUCCAUCAAACGGGGUCCAAAGACCUGUAACGAAACCAAUUUGGAAACCAAUUACAUCUAACAACUGUGCUUUAGAAAAAGUCAGUCCGUCGGUAGCAGAAGAGCUAUCUUUUGAAGUAUCCUUUUCAGAGACCAUUGUUAUUGAUGAUAAAGAUAAAGAGAAGCAGAAGAAACACAGAAUAAAAAAGGAUGAUUGUAUUUUGCCUAAAUUCAUGGUUUGGAAAAGCAGGUUUGGGCUAACUGAAGUAGAAGAUUUGUCUUUUGAAGACAUGAAGAAAAUUCACUAUCUCUCACUUAUUGAAUUAACAGCUUUUUUUGAUGCUUUGGGGAUUGAAUUAAAAAGAAAUCGAGUUAUGCGAAUCAAAGGAAGAGAAAAUGGUCUUUUCGGAGUUCCUCUGACAACUUUAUUGGAAAAUGAUCAAAAGAAAGUGCCUGGUACUAAAGUUCCCCUAAUUUUUCAAAAAUUAUUACAGAGACUGGAGGAAACUGGAUUAGAAACAGAAGGAAUAUUGCGGGUGCCAGGUUCAGCCUCUCGAGUUAAGAGCCUGCGUCAGGAGCUUGAGACAAAGUUUUAUAACAACAGUUUUGACUGGAAAAAGGUUCGAAACAAUGAUGCAGCCGGUCUGCUUAAGAUGUUUAUAAGAGAAUUGCCGACUCCUUUGUUUACAAUGGAAUAUAUCCCUGCCUUCAUUGCCUUAGUAGAAAAAAUCUCCAAGAUCAAAUUGCAGCUACAAGCUCUUCAUCUAUUAAUCAUGCUCCUGCCAGAUGCCAACAGAGAUACUGCCAAGGCAUUGCUACAUUUCCUAAAAAAGGUUGUGUCAAAUGAAGAGAAGAAUAAAAUGAGCCUAUGGAAUGUUUCUAUGAUUCUUGCUCCAAACAUAUUUAUUUACAAAGGGAAAGGCGCCAAACAGGAAGAAAUGAAGUCAGCUGCUUCUGCUGCACACAUUGUUCGCCUUUUAAUUAGGUACCAGGAUAUUUUAUGGACGGUUCCAGCCUUUCUGAUUUCACAAGUGCGGAAAAUGAACGAAGCUGCUUUGAACAAUAACAAAAAGCAGCUGAUAUUUGAUAAGAGUGUAAGAAAGCUUCUAAGGAGGAAGACCAUGGAGCGUGAGAGACCUGAAAGGAGAGAGCACUGUGAUGUACCUGAAGGAGUGAUAAGAGUUUACGCUCCACUGCACUCAAAGGUUUCCAUGGCAAUUCAGCUGAACAGUCGGACAAAAGCCAAAGACAUCCUGGCACGCUUUCAGUGUGAAAACAGUCAUGGAACAGCCGACAAAUCGCACAACCAAAGUUUAUAUGAAACAGGGGGAAACAUAGGAGAACACUGCUUGGACCCAGAUACUUAUAUGCUGGAUGUAUAUCAUGUAAACCCCAGUGCAGAAUGGAUUUUAAGGCCCAAAACAAGCUGAGAUCAUUGUAUAUUUACUAUCAACACUUUCACCAAGCAGCUGCACUUAUGGGAUGUAUUGGAAUGAAUGCAGUGUUGUAGAUACUGCUAAAACCGGCCAUCCUCUGACUGUUGGAAUAUACUUACAUCUGGGUACUAUGAAGUGUGAACACUAGCUUUGUGGCGAAAGCCUGUGGACUUUGAAUGAAUGUUCUUAGUGAUAUAUAAUUUAUGAAAACUGUAUUCAUUUUGUUAGGGAAGUAAAACACUACCAAGAAGUUGCGAAGCUAUGGGAUUCCCAGUCCUUGCCACGUUAUCCUUCUACAAGUAUUAUUGCGGACACAGAUGUGGUGAUGACAUCUGGAUACCUCCUUUCUGCUGGACAGACUUGAAACACAGAGCCCUCUAAUAAAGGGGAACAUUGUUUCUUUUAGGUGCAUUUAAUAAGGAAUGUGUAUGGUGACGUGAAUGCUUUUACUCAGUAUCAGAACUUAACUAUUGUGUAACCAUUUGUAUAUGAACCACUAUGUUUGUACAGUUACUUUUUAUAUCUAUUUGUAGAUAUGUGGCAAUGCUUUUGUAUUUGAAAUAUUUCUUGGUCGAAGUAUAUGUAAACCAUCUGUCAUUAUGUCAGUAUUCACUUUUAAUAAUAUGCUUUGACUCUCAUAAUGGUAGGUGCCUCUUACAUUGGUAUUUUUUUUUAAUAUGUGAGUGUUUCUGUUAGUGGAAACAAUUGAAUUUUGAAAAAGAAUGAAGACCUUUUGUAAACUUAUUUGUCUGUUUAAGAAUUCAUAAUACCACAGAAUCUUGCAUGACUUGUUUCAUGGUUGUGUUAAAAAUGCCCAAUCAUUGUA